UUAGCCAGUAUGGUCCUUGAUCUUCUGACCUCGUGAUCCGCCCGCCUUGGCCUCCGAAAGUGCUGGGAUUACAGGCGUGAGCCACUGCACCCGGCCAGGUUUGUUUUUUAAUUUUAUUUAUUUAUUUAUUUUUAUUUUACUUUAAGUUCUGGGAUACCUGUGUGCGGAACAUGUUUGUUUGUUUACAUAGGCUUGUUACAUAGGUAUAUGUGUGCCAUGGUGGUUCCCUGCACCUAUCAACCCAUCAUCUGGGUUUUAAGUCUUGCAUGCAUUAGCUAUUUGUCCUACUGCUCUCCCUCCCCUCGCCCCCAACCCCCAACUAGCCCCAGUGUGUGUCGUUCCCCUCCCUAUGUCCAUGUGUUCCCAUUUUUUAAUACCCACUUAUGAGUGAGAAAAUGCAGUGUUUGGUUUUCUGCUCCUGCGUUAGUUUGCUGAGAAUGAUGACUUUCAGCUUCAUCCAUGUCCACGCAAAGGAUAUGAUCCCAUCCCUUUUAAUGGCUGCAUAGUAUUCCAUGGUGUAUAUAUACCACAUUUUCUUUAUCUAGUAUAGUAUUGAUGGGCAUUUGGGUUGGUUCUGUUUUUGCUAUUGUAAAUAGUGCUGCCUCAUGAAGUUUUUGAGUAUUAAUCCCUUAACCACGUUUUCUUAUGAGUCCUGUGGUUUUUAUUCCACAAUUUUGCAUAUGGCAGUGAUUUUUUUUUUAGAAAUACCUGUUGAGCUAUAACAGAAAUGACUGGUUUUUACCCUCACAAAAACUUAGCAAGUUAGAAAAAUGUAUCCUUAUUUUACAGAUGAAGCAGAAGAUCCAAGCAUUUGGUAUAAGCCACAAUGUGUUCUUUACUGUGCCAAAUAUACUUUUGUCUUGAAUCUUCUGAUAUUAACUUUUAUUUUUUAAUGUUAGUAACCAGCUUUAAUCUGAUCAACUUCUAAAAAAUCAUAUUUUGUAGUAUAUUUAUCUUGGCACAUGGAAAUGAGGACAUGGCCUAGAUAAUUUAGGUCCAAAGUCAACCAUUAACCAUAUAAUCUAGAUUAAAAUUUUAAAUAGUAUUGAAAGGUGACAGCAUGCUGUCACAGCCCUCGCUCGCUCUCGGCACCUCCUCGGCCUUGGCACCCACUCUGGCCAUGCUUGAGGAGAACUUCAGCCCACCGCUGCACUGUGGGAGCCCCUUUCUGGGCUGGCCAAGGCUGGAGCCGGCUCCCUCAGCUUGCGGGGAGGUGUGGAGGGAGAGGCGCGGGCAGGAACCAGGGCUGCGCACGGUGCUUGCGGGCCAGCACGAGUUCCGGGUGGGCGUGGGCUUGGCAGGCCCCGCACUCGGAGCGUCCAGCCGGCCCCGCCGUCCCGGGCAGUGAGGGGCUUAGCACCUGGGCCAGCAGCUGCUGCACUGGACUUCUCGCCGGGCCUUAGCUGCCUCCCUGAGGGGCAGGGCUGGGGACCUGCAGCCCGCCAUGCAUGAGCCUCCCCCCUGCAGUGGGCUCCUGAGCGGCCUGAGCCUCCCUGAGGAGUGCCACCCCGUUCCACGGCUCACAGUCCCAUCGACCACCCAAGGGCUGAGGAGUGCGGGCGCACGGGCGGGACUGGCAGGCAGCUCCACCUGCUGCCCUGGUGCAGGAUCCACUGGGUGAAGCCAGCUGGGCUCCUGAGUCUGGUGGAGACUUGGAGAACCUUUAUGUCUAGCUAAGGGGUUUGUGAAUGCACCAAUCGACACUCUGUAUCUAGCUACUCUGGUGGGGACUUGGAGAACCUUUAUGUCUAGCUAAGGGAUUGUAAAUAGACCAAUCGGCCCUCUGUAUUUAGCUCAAGGUUUGUAAACACACCAAUCAGCACCCUGUGUCUAGCUCAGGGUUUGUGAAUGCACCAAUCGACACUCUGUAUCUAGCUACUCUAGUGGGGACAUGGAGAACUUUUGUGUGGACAUUCUGUAUCUAGCUAAUCUAGUGGGGACGUGGAGAACUUAUGUGUCUAGCUCAGGGAUUGUAAACACACCAAUCAGCACCCUGUCAAAAUGGACCAAUCAGCUCUCUGUAAAACAGACCAAUCAGCUCUCUGUAAAAUGGAGCAAUCAGCAGGAUGUGGGUGGGGCCAGAUAAGGGAAUAAAAGCAGGUUGCCCAGCCCACUGUGGGAACCAGCUUGGGUCCCUUUCCACAGGGUGGAAGGUCUGUUCUUUUGUUCUUUGUGAUAAAUCUUGCUGCUGCUCACUCUUUGGGUCCACACUGCGUUUGUGAGCUGUAACACUCACCAUGAAGGUCUGCAGCUUCACUUCUGAUCCAGCGAGACCACGAACCCACCAGAAGGAAGAAACUUCGAGCACAUCUGAACUUCAGAAGGAACAAACUCCGGACACGCCACCUUUAAGAACUGUAACACUCACCUCGAGGGUCCGCGGCUUCAGUCUUGAAGUCAGUGAGACCAAGAACCCACCAAUUCCAGACACAGAACGAAGUGGGUGGAGCCUCCUGAUCCUGCCCUCCUGCUUCCGUUGCUAGGGAAGCUUCGGCCGAGGAUACCGCCAUGGAUCAGGAAGAGGGGCUGAAGGCCUUGGACAAUAUUGUCACUCAAUUCAACACCUAUGAAGAUUUCCUGGACUCGCAGAUCACUACUGUGGACUUGUACUACCUGGAGGAUGAAACGCUUGCCCGCCAGUUGGUGGAGCUAGGUUACCGAGGGACUGGAGAGAGAGUGAAAAGGGAAGAUUUUGAAGCAAGGAAAGCAGCUAUAGAGAUUGCAAGACUGGCUGAAAGAGCUCAGCAAAAGACACUAACAAGUGCUGGUAAAGACCUACAAGAUAAUUUUCUGAUGGCCCUGGCAAUGAGAGAAGAAGACAAUCGCAGUGGAAAACUGAGUCUAAAUCAACAGGAGGCUGAUGCUGCUCAUACCUUGAGGAAGCAACUGGCAUCCGUGAUCUUUAUUCGUGACAGAAAUUCUCAUGGGCAAGAGAUAUCAGGAUACAUCGACUAUGCCCACAGGCUAAAGAUGGAAGAUUUUGAAGUCUACUUUACCAGAAAAAAAAGACUUCUUCCAAGGCCUACAGAUAUAAGCUUUUACAACUGGGACGCUGAUAUUGCCAUUUGUAAUUCAAGUCCCAACUAUCAAGUGAUUGCCGAUAAUCCAGAAGGCUUACUUUUCAGAUACAAAAGAGACAGAAAAAUUCUUAAUGUGGACCCAAAGGCGCAGCCAGGUGACAACUCUACUAGAAUCCCUAUCCCGACAGAACUCUACAUACAAGCUGUCAUUUUUGACCACAGUUCCAGAAGGAAGACUUAAGUACCAACAUGUUAAUUUCCUAAUAAUUUGCUAAAUUUAAAUAAAUUCCGUAGACAGAGCAAAUUAGAAUAAUAAAUGAGCCCUGUAGCUGGAAGGCAAAUUAGAACAAUAAAGGUAAUAAAGAAGUUAGAAAGAA